AUCCAGUUUUCAAAUUGAAUUCAAAAUACUGUCUAUUUACAUGAACACAAAUAGUGAAAAUACUUAAUUUAGUUAAAUAAAACACUCAAAAAGCAACAUGAGAGCUACAUCUCAGACAAGGCAAUAGAAUCCUCUUUUUUUUUUAUUAUUAUUUAACCAGCAUUUCGAUCUGCAUCAAAGUAGAUGUAGCAGAAGAUAAUUGUGUUGUGAUAAACACUUAUGGGAGUGUAUGCUGAAUAAAGCACAGCCAAAGAAUUUCCAGUGUUGAUCUGUUAAAAAAUGAUCCCAUGGAAAUAACUUUUUUAUGUUUUAAUACUUAAUAUUUUUAAUAACCAGAAAAUAAUUUGAUGUCAUAGUAAAGUCAAAUCUAGAAAAAUGAAUCUAGAUUAAACAAAAACAUCCAAAAUAAUAUGAAAUACUUUAUAAUCAUCAAUCUAAACAAAAUCUUCACAAUGUGACUCGUUCAAAUGUUACAGGACGGUUUCUUCCUCGUACUUAGUGUGAGCAUAUGUAUGUUUGUUAGCACCAGAGGGCUUCAGAGAGCACAUAUUAACUUUCUCUGGGCCUCAGUGAUUUCACAAAUAAUUUAGAAGAUACAAACAUCAUAAUAUAAGAUGUAAAAGACUAUCAUCUCAAUGUUCUGACAGAGGACAGUUUUUAUAUCAGUUUAUAAUAUAUCAGAGAGAAUGAGAUGAGUAGUGAGACAGAGCCUUCUCUGAACUGAAUCAGAUAACCCUCAGUCACACUAAAAGGCCUCAGCAUUAGGAUAAGUGUUUCUGUGACUGUUUGUCUGUGUGUAUUAAUAAACAGGGUGUAUGCACAGCUGUGACUGCAUGAGAGGGGAUCAUAGUCAAAGUGUUGCAGCAGCCUGUAGCAGCUUGUAUUUUCUCAGCAGCACAGAGAUCAUAUUGAAUCAUCUGAGGCCUUGACUCAAACUGUCAGACACAGACACUUGUUGUUUUUCCCAUUGGUUCAGCCAGCUGAAGUUUGGAGACUACAUAAGACAGGCCGACUCUACCACUGUACCUUUGUGAAGACGUGUAAGUGGACAAUGAGGGUUGUUGUUGGUUUGCUGUUGUUGCUGCUGGCUCUGUGUGGGUCAGGGGCUCAGGGGGAGGGUGGAGGCCUCGGACAGGUGGGUGAGAUCAGCCAGUUUCAGGAGACAGCUCCAAGAGAUGCAGCUGAGGAGUCAACCAAGCAGACCACAGAGCAAACCACCCCUGACAUCUGGGCGGAGGUGAGGGCACUGAGAGACAUGGUGGUGGAGCUCAAGGUGGAGCUGAGGAACAUGGAGGCCAGAGUGAAGGACAGUGAGAGCCAGGUGAAUGACCUGAAAGCUGAACUGAUGGUCACCAAGGUGCACGUGGAGCUGCUGCAGAGAGAGAACUCUGACUUACAGACCAGACUGAGCAGCAGUGAGAGUGAACUUCUCCUCAGCAAGUCCAGGAUUGACCAGCUGGAGAGAGAAAAUGCAGAGAGACCAAAGGUGGCCUUUUACACAGCUCUGACUGAUGCAGGACCUCUUGGACCAUACAACACAGACAUCACACUGAAAUACAGCAAAGUCUUCACCAACAUUGGCAAUGCUUACAAUCCAGCUACAGGUUUCUUCACAGCACCAGUCAAAGGGGUCUACUAUCUCCAGUUCACUGUGUGUGGUAACCUCCGAGGUUAUAUGGGUGUACAAUUGUACAAGAACAACCAGCAAAUUAUGCAUAAUGACGAGCGGAAGGAAGAAGAAGGUGCUGAGUAUUUCACUAACUCUGUUGUCUUGGAGCUGAUGGCAGGAGAUGAAAUCCACCUGGUUCUCCCAUCAGGCCGUUCUGUCGUUGACAGUCCAAAUAACCACAGCACCUUCAGUGGCUCUCUUCUCUUCACACUGUAAAGAUGUUGUUCAGGCUGAUGUGUGAUUGACUUGUCACAAACUCUGUUGUUAUUGAAUACACUGUGAUCCUUUAGAAGAUGCUGAUAUAUCUCUGCACUGCUGCCUCCAAGACAAAUGUCUGUACAUUUACUUCAUAUAUCAUAUCUGAAUCUGACUUCCCUCUUGUGUCAUCACAUGAAAACAUUUAAGGAAAUCAAAGACUCACUGAAGUUGUGUCUGCUCUCACUGUGUGUA